AAUUCUCCUGUCGUGACUCCCUUGAGAGUCCAUUGUCGUUCUCUAAAGCCAUUCCCAAUCGGAACGACAAUUAUCCCAUUCCAGUGGUCCCUGACGUCCACGUGUCUGGAAAAGAGGAACAUGGGGCACUGAUCCUAUCCUGCCACGCGUAUGGAUUCUAUCCCAACACCAUCACAGUCAACUGGAUGAAGGGGGGUGAAAUCCGGGAUCAGGAGACGGAGUGGGGCGGGAUCGUUCCCAACAGCGAUGGCACCUUCCACACCUGGGCCAGGAUCGAGGCGCUGCCGGAGGAGUGGGAGCAGUACCGGUGCCGGGUGGAGCAUCCCGGAAUGCUGGAGCCUGGGAUCUUCGCUUGGGAGCCGACAUCUGGUGGGAAUCUUGUGGUGAUCGCUGUGUCCUUCAUCGCUGCCGUCCUCUUCCUUGUCCUCAUUGGAUUCGGUGUCUGGAGGUUCCAAUCCGGUAACACACGGGAUGGGGGUCGGGAAGGGGCACAGGAUACCCGGCACUGUUCUGGGAAU